UGCAAAAGUUAACAAUUUUGGUAAAGAACGAACGGUGUUCUUUCUUUACGUUGCGAUCAAGAUGGCUACACAUAAAAAGAAGACCAGGAAACUUCGUGGGCACGUAAGCCACGGACACGGGCGUAUAGGUAAGCACAGGAAACAUCCUGGUGGACGUGGUAAUGCUGGUGGUUUACACCAUCAUCGUAUUAACUUUGACAAAUACCAUCCUGGUUAUUUUGGGAAGCUGGGUAUGCGAAAUUAUCACUUAAGACGUAAUACAAAAUGGUGUCCUACUUUAAAUUUGGAUAAGUUAUGGACAUUAGUUUCUGAACAAACGAGACUUAAAUAUAAGGAUUCCGAAAAUAAAGUUCCAGUAAUUGAUCUUGUCAAAGCGGGAUAUUACAAACUUCUAGGAAAAGGGCGACUUCCUAAACAGCCAGUCAUUGUUAAAGCCAAAUUUUUCAGUAAACUGGCAGAAGACAAAGUUAAGGCUGUUGGAGGGGUCUGUGUACUCUCUGCUUAAACAUGCAGAAGCUGAAAUCUUGAUGAACAAGCCCACUGUACAUUCUAUGUUUAUAUUCUUAAUAAAACACAGUAAUUAAA